UUUAGCUUCGUUUACAAAUAAAUGCUCCUUCGGUUUCGUUGUGUUCUAAAAAAAAGGGGGAGGAAGAAGGGGCGAAAAAAGACAGCAUAUUCCACCCCCUUUCGUUCCCCUCGCUUUCCUUCGUCCUCGUCGUGAAUCUAUGGUGAGAGUGGUGGUUUGAGUUCUUACUCCUCUAUCUGGCCUCCUCUCGGCGAUCAUGGGUUCGAGGUCAUUUUCUGGGGCAAAAUCCUUUGGUGAAGAUGACAUUGAUUUGGAAGAUAGUAAAGUGGCAAAAGACAAAGAGAAGAUUUCACGCUUUUACAGGCCUGUGAAGAUCCACAAUCAGGCCCUUGUAUCUGGUCUUGCAUACUGCAUAUCAUCAUGCAGCAUGAUACUGGUUAAUAAGUUUGUCCUGUCAGGCUAUGAUUUUAAUGCUGGAAUAUCAUUGAUGCUUUACCAGAAUAUUGUCUCAGUGAUUAUAGUAACUGCUUUGAGUCUAUUUGGGGUAAUCUCAACAGAACCACUUACCUGGAAAUUAAUUAAGGUCUGGUUGCCCGUCAAUGUUAUAUUUGUUGGGAUGCUUAUUACAAGCAUUUUUAGUUUAAAGUACAUUAAUGUUGCCAUGGUAACAAUUUUGAAGAAUGUCACCAAUGUCAUUACUGCUCUUGGUGAAACAUACCUUUUCCAAAAGCAUCACGGCAACAAAGUCUGGGCUGCUCUGUGCCUUAUGAUAAUCUCAGCAAUUUCAGGAGGAAUCACAGAUCUCUCGUUUCAUGCUGUUGGCUAUGCAUGGCAGAUUGUUAAUUGUUUCCUGACAGCAUCAUAUUCACUAACGUUACGGCGAGUUAUGGAUACAGCUAAGCAAGUAACAAAAUCUGGAAAUUUGAAUGAGUUUUCAAUGGUUUUGCUCAAUAACACUCUUUCAUUGCCAUUGGGGAUUCUGCUAGUUUUUGCAUUUAACGAAGUGGAUUACCUUGCUAAAACGCCGCUUUUGAGGAUGCCUAUAUUCUGGUUGACGAUAACUUCAAGUGGGUUUUUGGGGCUUGCAAUCAGCUUCACUUCAAUGUGGUUUCUUCACCAGACAGGUGCAACUACAUACAGUCUUGUUGGAUCGCUGAAUAAGAUACCUCUGUCCGUUGCUGGAAUCGUUCUCUUUAAAGUUCCAACUAGCCUGGAGAAUUUCAUAAGCAUCCUUUUUGGUCUGUUAGCAGGCGUAUUCUUUGCCAAGGCAAAGAUCAGGGAGAGAUCUCAGUCCUGAGGUAGAGAGGGGCUAUUCAUUGGAUAUCAUUUUUUUGAGCUGGAAAAGCACAAUAUUCGCAGGUACUGUGAUUCUCUGAGCUGAGACAAGGUCCCAUAAACAGAUGAUCUGAUUAAUUUCCUAAGUUUACUGGAAAUUAUCAUCCAAAGAAAGGAAGUCUCAGAUCAUUUUGGUGGAAAGAGGCUCUUCCUUUGGGUGCUCUCAAGAUUUUGCAUGGCCAAAUUCAUGGGCACUGGUAUACAUCUUUGCGCUGCAUCUUUGGUGUACCAUACUUCGGUGCCUGCACUUCUUCUCCUCCAUUUCCAAUCUGUAAAGGUUUAGUUUUUGGAAUUUACUGUUUUAUUGUCUUGUAAACUGAGGUACUUCACUGAAAAAAAUCUACAUGUCAAUGCGGGGCUUUGAGCAGUGAAUGUCAAUUAACCUAAUGGCUUCAAAUUUCUUUUUGCUGUAAUACUUCAGUUAACCUACGUGUAAUAUAAAAAGGUUUGCUUAGA